UCCCAGACAAAUAUUCCUGUAGCCAACGUCAAAUGUCAAACUAAUGCGAGAUGCGUAAUUCAUAGGUCCACCAGCAAAGUCAUGGUCGCUCGAAUUUCAUAUCGCUAUUGCGUUUAUUCGCGAUCUUAUAGCACGUUCAAGAUUUCACACUGUUGAGCAUAUGCAGUGGCUGACCUCGCAACUCCACGUCCCACUUCCGCCUUUCACAACCAGCAAAGACUUUAUUGUUCCAUCAUCCUAUCGACUAAAAGCCGGGUCUGUCAUUGAGUCGGCAAUUGAUAAGAACGACUAUCCAGCCAUCGGAUGGGACUGGAUUGGCGAUAAAAAGACCGCACCACCGCUCUCUGGAGAAUGGUUAGCAGGAGAAGAUGAACCGGGCGAAAAGAGGAAUGAAAGUGUUGUUCUCUACGUUCAUGGCGGAGCAGGUUACAUGGGAUCUACUAUGACCCAUCGCUUAUUGACUUCCAGCAUCGCAAAGGCUACAGGUGGACGGGUUUGUGCUAUCAAUCAACGAUUAGCCCCUCAACAUCCCUUUCCCGCACCGUUGGAAGAUGCCUUGACGACGUACUUACAACUAAUUGACAAGGAAAAUAGCGAAGGAGUUGAUCCCAAAAAUGUCAUCAUUGCUGGCGAGUCGCAUGGUGGUGGUAUGGUUAUGGCUUUGCUAUUGUUGUUACGUGAUUGUAAAUUACCUAUGCCAGCCGGUGCCAUUGGGUUAUCUCCUUGGGUGGAUUUGACGCACUCUCUACCAUCGAUUUUAACCAACAUCUCGACGGAUUAUUUACCUGCCAGCGGAUUCUCUCACAAACAUUCCAGAGCGCUUGAAUUUAAUAAUUUACCGCAGUUUGAACCUGAAGCGCUUGGGCCACUUGGUAAAGCCGUCCGACUUCCAAUGUCACAUGAAGAUUUGGAUCGUGUACAAUUCUACGCUCCCAAUUCUACUCUCAAAAUGCGAUAUGUCAGCCCGAUAUUUGACGAACAGGGACUGCACGGAUUGCCUCCGUUGCUUAUUCAAGUCGGAACAGCCGAACGGCUAAGAGAUGAAUCCAUUUAUUCAGCCUACAAGGCUUCAAACCAGUUUCCGGAUUCUCCCUCUCCGCAAAUGACCGCUGUCUCCCCAACACAAGUGAAACUAGAACUUUAUGUCGACCAACCUCAUGUGUUUCAAAUGAUUCUCGCUACCAAACAACGUGCCGUCGCCAUUCAUCAAAUAGGUGAAUUUGUAAAAUCAUUGGCUACAGGACGGGAAAAUGCAGGGAAUCAGGUGAAGAGCCCUAGUCAUCUGCAGGUGUGCACCGUUCAACCCAAUGGUGAGAUAACAGAAGGCAUGACCGACCCUCCUACUAAGGAAGUAUGGGAUUUGUGGGAGAAACGGUUAGAGCGGCCUUCUCUUAGAGAGAGGUUAGAGGAAGUGCAGCAUACCCUUAGUAAUUUACGGCCUUGAGCUAAAAAUGCGAUGGCCACUGUAAAUAAUGUUACAUAGAACUGUCAUGCAUGCAAUGUAGAAAAAAAAAAUCUAGCAUAUUUAUUUGCUCUCUCGAUAU